AUGGAGUUUGUCACAGCUAAUGAUCAAUCACCCUUAGGUUCUAUCCCUGAAUUACCAGCAUUGUCCUGUCACGAAAUAAAGGCAAGUGAAGGUAAAGACACCAUCAGCGGCAAGUAUUGGCUGGAUCCAAUUGGCACAGGGAAGGCAACAUUGGAUUACUGUAACAUGAUUAACGAGGGAUACAUUAAGAACUCAAACAUACUGUCGAAAAAUGAAAGUUACCUCGCAUUUCUUCGUGAGUUCCUGGUUCCUGCUGUUGGAAAUAAUUUCCAUUGGUUGCUCUGCUACCGCGCCUCUUCGCAUGGCUGGAAUGGUAGGGACUUUCAUACUCGUUGCGAUGGAAAGAGAAAUACUGUAACGGUUAUAAAGAAAGACCAGUAUGUUUUUGGAGGGUACUCUGAUGUUCCAUGGGCCGAUUGUCCUCCAGGAGCGAGAACAAAGGACCCGUCAGGUCGCUGUUGUGUACUUCCUUUCGAGUAUGAAGGCCGUACGUAUCACAAGUGUGCUGGGAAAGUACCGGGAAAUUUUGAGAGACCGUGGUGUUCAUUCGAUGCUGUCUACAAUGGUGACUGGGCGUCUUGUGAUGAAAAUCCCUAUAAUGGAUAUCGCAAGACAGAUAGGGCUUUUAUUUAUUCGCUCCACAACAAAGAAGGACUGGCGCCGUUUAAGAGUAUGGUGAAGCAUGAUUCCCAAGCCAUUUUUAUGGAUAUAAGCCAUGGUCCAACGUUUGGUGGAGGCUUCGAUAUUCAUAUUGCCAACAACGCAGGUCAUAAUGUUCAUUCGUACACCAACUUUGGUCACUCUUUCUUGGCUCCUAGUGAUGUAGAGGAAAAAGAUACAGUGUUAGCUGGAACUUACUAUUUUACUCCCGAUGAGGUAGAAGUGUUCUAUCUCCCUUAG